GCCCUCGCUGGUCACUAUGGGACGCCUUCACCGGGCGAAGGGGGGGGGGGGGGCGCGCGGAGACCUGCUCCUGCCCAGGUUGGCGGCUUGACGCAUGCGCAGAAUUGGGCUGCGCAGUUACGGCGCUGCGCUGCAUCUUACUUUCUUGCGUCGCUAUAUCUCAGAUCGCGCUGUUAUUUUUCUAGUCUCGUUAUGGCCGAUCUCCGCUUGAGGCAGAUUAAGAUCAAGACCGGCGUAGUGAGGCGAUUGGCAAAAGAAAAAGUUAUGUAUGAAAAAGAAGCAAAACAGCAAGAAGAAAAGAUUGAAAAAAUGAAAGCUGAAGCAUAUGAUGAUUAUGGAAUUAAGAAGCAGAUUGAGAUCUUACAAGAGUCACGAAUGAUGAUUCCAGACUGCCAGCGCAGAUUAGAAGUUGCAUAUGCAGAUCUUACUCAACUACUAGAAAAUGAAAAAGAAUUGGAAGAAGCCGAAGACUAUAAAGAAGCACGUUCCAUACUAGAGUCAGUGAAGCUGGAAGCCUAGAAGUUUUCCAGGACUCUAUAUGCAUUAGCACUGGGUCCAUUCCAUACUUUGAUUUGACUAUGGCUCUAUUACUAUUGUUGGCUUGCUAAUUAAGGUUCCCUUUAUGCAAAUUGGCCUUUCUCUAACUGCAAGAUGCAUCAAAUAAAAGAUGUUCUGAAACAUCUCUGUGUUCCAUAUUCAGACAAAACAGAAACAUUUUCAGUAAGGAAAAAAUUAAGCCUAUUUAAUGUAAGCAUAAUAGUGUAAUAGCUAAUACACAUAACUUAAUCUGAACAAUUCAGACUAAGAAAGUUUAGCUAUGUAAGGAAUGUGAGGGACCAAUAAAUACUUUAGAGGCACCUUAUAUUUGAAAUAAUUUCAAGCCAUUAUAGCAUAACAGUCUGUACUGAAAGAAGAAAUGACCCUUCGACAUCACCCAUCUUUUUUUCUGUGAUGCAAUUUCUUUGUAAUUUUAUCAAGUAUUACUCCUUGUUUAUCUUUGGACCCAAGACAGAAUUAAGAGCUGAUUCAAGAUCUUUCUCAGUUUGCCUAGGGCUGAUUCAUAGAGCCCAAUUCACAUAAUUACCAUUGAUCAAAAUUCUGUUACUUUUUCAAGAAACAGAAUUUAGCAGAUUACUAGUAUGUUGUCAGUUGUAUCUGCUGGUAGAAGUUCUGGACUGAAUGCUUUUUCUGAAAUCGCCUUGGCUUAAGUGAGUUUCUUUGAACAAGGCUUAAAUCCCAGAAGCUGAAAGAGAACUAAUGGGUAAGGGAACAAUGCUUAAUCUGCCUGGAAGACCAAACAUAUACAAAAGCUGCUGUUCUUUCAGAAUGGCUUCUCUAAACAGCAAAGAGUAAGCUCUGAUGAACAAGAAAGCUUUUUACAUUAGUUUUUCUAGUUUGAAAGUUUUUUUGGCAUGUUCCUUAAAGGCAACACAAAGCACAGUAUACUUUUUCUGUGAUGCUAUAUUGAAUACUCUUAUUAAAAUUUGUUGUUAAUUUGCCUGA